AUGCCACUGCUACGCACACGUGGCUACGAUAUCGCCGGAAGAGUAACGAACGUUACUGAAUUUGUGUUGCAGGUAAUACCGAAGAGAGUAGCGGUUUCCUGGAAAGGAGGCCGGACGAAAGGAUCGGAGGGCAACAUCGCCGCCGUUGCCGCCACCGUUAUCGCCACCGCCACCGCCGCCGUUACCGCUACCGCUACCGCCACCGACGCUGCUAUCGGCUCACCAUCCCUCCAACAUUUGCAAAGAAGCACCGCCAUAGCCGACGUAACGACGACCAAGACCAAGACCAAGACCAACACCAACACCAACACCAGCACCAACACCAACAACAGCAGCAGCAGCAGCAACAACAACAACAACAACAACACGAAGACAAAGACGACGACGACGACGACGACAACGACGACGGCGACAAAGAGGAAUAGAAGGAGAAGGAGAACGAAGACGAGGACGUUGACGAAUAACACGACCACCGCGAACGCAAACCUGACCAUCGGACUUUCGUCAAUCGCCCUCGAACAUUUUGCCCGAUCUUGGAGCGCGUGA